CAAAACUGAACCCUAACUCCAUCUCCAUCAGUCAUGUCCCCUCUACGCCGCAUUAUCCGAAAUGCGACCGUAUCAAAGGCGGUUCCGGUUGCGAAGGCGUUCAAGCCUUACCCACUCGGAAGAGACCCUUCCUCACUCCCCAAGCUUAAGUGGGUCUGGAUCGGGGAUAUCGAUGACCGCCCAAUUUCUGUGCGCUACAGAGUCACGGCAAUGAUCGAGAUGUCUAUUCUCGACAAAGCCUCGGAUCUCUCGCGCCUCGCUGUCUUGGACGAAUGUCGAGUCGACAGAGACACCGUAUUCAUCUGCAAUUCCAUAAUUGGCGCCAUGUGCAGCGCAAAACGGUACGACGAUGCCAUCUCUCUGUUCAAUUAUUUUUUCAACAAGUAUCAAACUCUGCCAAACACGCUCUCCUGCAAUCUCAUCAUCAAAGCACACUGCAACCAAUGUCACGUCGACGACGCUCUUGAGCUCUACCGCCACAUUUUGCUCGACGGACGUUUAGCUCCGGGGAUCGAGACAUACAUGUUACUCACGAAAGCCUUGGUUGAUGCUGAAAGAUUCGACGAAGCUUGUGAUUUAGUGAGUUCCAUGAGCUCUUGUAGUUUCAUGGUCUACGACAUUUUAAUCCGCGGGUUCUUGGAUGUAGGGAAUUUCGUAAAGGCUAGCCAAAUCUUCGAGGAACUGAAAGGACUGGAUAGUAAACUUCCAGGGAGAGAAUAUCACACGGCAAUUGCAAUCUUUAAUGUUUCGUUUAUGAACUAUUUUUUCAAUCAAGGCAAAGAUGAGGAAGCUAUGGAGAUUCUCGCAACUCUGGAAGAGGCUCAAGUGUUGAAACCCAUUGUCGGAAACAGGGUUUUGGAAGUUCUCGUGGAGCAUGGUCAGAAAACAGAGGCCUGGGAAUUGUUUGGAGAGAUGAUCGAAACCUGUGAUUCCGAGACGGUUGACAUAAUGUCCGAGUAUUUUAGUGAAAAGACUGUGCCAUUCGAGCGGCUUAGGAAAACGUGUUAUAGGAAUAUGAUCGUGAGUCUCUGCGAGCAUGAAAAAGUAUCAGACGCAAAGAAACUCUUCGCCGAGAUGUUUACUGACGUUGACGGAGAGGACUUGUUCGUGGGGCCUGACGUCUUAACAUUCAGAGCAAUGAUCAAUGGUUAUGUUAAGGUAGGGAGAUUCGAUGAUGCUAUCAUGACCUUGAACAAGAUGCGAAUCUGCCGCCUCAAUCUUCUUGGUCGGCGUUUCUUCGCCGCCAUGCCAAGCAGACCGAAGGAGAUAAUGUCAAACCCAGAUUGCCGUCCCGCGCAGCUAUGCUUGAGAGUCACGUACUUGAUCAGAUUCGUUGGUGAUCUCGACACGGCGGCGAAGUACGCUCGUUUGGCUGUUUUCAGCAGCAUCAAAUCGGAGGCCACAGCAGCAACAUGUCAAGCCAUCAUCGGAGGCAUGUUGCAGAAUAAAAGGCCCGAUGACGCUUACGAUCUCUACGAUUUCUUCUUCAAUCACUUUAAGCUCAGACCCAACAGCCAUUGCUGUAACUACAUCAUCGAAUCUCGUUUCAAACAAGGUUUAGUUGACGAAGCUCUCGGUUUCCACCACCGAUCCAUCGAAUCUGGUAUGGUCGACGACUACCCAAGCCAGGAUACUUUCAGGGUCUUGACUAAAUGGUUAGUCCACGCCGGUCGAAUGGACCAAGCGGAAGCCUUGCUUAGAGACAGGACAGUCGGUAGGACCACCUACCCAGAUCACGUGGCGUACAAGAAUCUGAUUCGCGGGUUUUUGGAUCUUGGGGAUUUAGACAAGGCGGAUCUAGUCUUGGCCGAAUUCAAACGCUUGUUUUCUAUUGCCCUAUCCGAGACCAAAGAUGAUUCAAACUAUGAAAACAGAGUCGCAUUUCUGAUGGCCACGUUCAUGGAGUACUGGUUUAAGCAAGGUAAAGAGGUGGAAGCUAUGGAGUGUUACAACCUUUGUGUUAUAGCAAACAAGUUACCGGUUUGCACAGAAACUGGCAACGCCCUUUUGAAUGUCCUGCUCAAAUACGGUGAGAAAAAACAUGCUUGGGCUUUGUACCAUGAACUCUUAGAUAAAGGUAGAACAGACCCUGAUACCAUUAAGAUAAUGAUAGACGAGUGUUUUGAUAUGGGUCGAUUUAGCGAGGCUUGGGAGACCUACACCAAGGCUAGUGCCAAGAACCACUUCCUCAGUGACAGAUACAAUAUUACAAAGUGUUGCCGACACGGAUCACAGUCUUUCUUCUUUGCUGUGUUUAGUGCUAAUCACCUUAUUACAAGACCCUCAGAUGACCCUCUCGAUCAGAAAAUACAAGCCAAGCUUGAUGCAGGGAGAAGAAAAUAUGCAAGAUCGGUUGCAGAAUCCGCUGGUUCUAGUAUGAACGCCGGUGAUGACAGUGAGGAUGAUGAUGAAUCAGAAAGCAAAAGCCAAGCAUUCGGCAAGAAAAAGAAAAAUACAAGUACGCCUCAUUAGAGUCUGUUAUGUAUUUGUUGGCAAAGAGCUAAAAUGCAUAAUUGUAGUUCUAUUGGAACAUGGUGCUUGGUAAAUACAUCAUCUUUGUCUUA